AUGGGAGAUUGUGUGAUUCAUCUAUGGCAGAUACCUACAACAUCAGCGGUUAUUGGAUAUCCAACAAAACCAGUACCACGUAAAGUUGGAGAUGUAUGGAUAUUACCAUACGAAACUUUUUAUUGGCUAACAUGGAAUGAUACGUCAUUCUAUGUUCCUGCAGAUGCAACCUACAGUUUGGGUAAAUCAACGAUGAUUGCUUUUAACUUAGUAUCAGACGAACCCUUAACAUCGGAUAUAACAAUCUCUAUGCCGAAAAGCACCUUGAUGGACCUAGGUAACUACAGAUUGCUGACAUGUCAUCCCAUGGACUAUAUGGUGAGAAGAUGGCAAAACAUAACUUAUAAUGAAACUCUACCGUUGAAAGUAGGAUGCCAUAUACAUUAUAACACUAUGAUGAUUGAACACAUGAAUGCAACUCGUAAGCAACAUCUAUUCCGACGAAUUAACUCCACAGACCCAGAUUACACCAACAGACUUUUGUCAGAUGUCAUUUUUAUUUCCAAUCACACAUUUGGCCUACACGUAUUUGUACCACCUCCUCCGGAAUCUCAGCCAUAUGAGGAAGCAAAGAAAGCAGUGGAAACCUUGAACAAACAUUUUGCAGAACAUGGUAAAAUCAUAGAGGCUGUUCAUAACCAAACCACAAAGAUGAUACAGCAGUUUCAGGGUGAAACACAUAAGAUUAAGAAGGGUCUGAGACUAGCGUUAUCCAUUACUGAAGGAUUUGACACUCUUAUUCUUUCUCCUCUUAUCCUAGAAGCAAUGUCAAAGAUGGAAAGACGUCUGGUCUCUGCUGUCCUCCCUCUCUUACUGCUGGACUUGAUGGAUUGUGAUCUCAUGAGCCAGGCAUGGACUGUCCCUGACUGUACCAUAGCAGAUAGCUCCCUAUUGUCAAAUCUCUCCUUCUACAUCCCAUUUUGUCCCUUGGCCCCAGGGCUGCAUAUUUUUGCAUCAUGCUCCAAUGUUACAGACCUGACACAGACCCUGAGAGCAGUGCCCCAGGAUAUACAGGCACUUUGCCUCCAGGGCAUGGUUCCUGUCCUGCCAGCUAAUGCAUUUGGUCACUCCCCCUUCCUACAGCUUUUGAGGCUACAGCUGGGCACCCUCAAGAUUAUAUCUGAGGCCUUUCAAGGAUUGAAUCGGCUGCAGUACCUUUCCUUUGAGCAUCAUGCUCCCUGUUGCUUGAGUCUAUUUCUCCCUCCGGAUGCCCUGGUGCCUCUCACAUUCCUCAGUAGUCUUUCCUUUCAAGGCUACUGCCUGAAUUAUAGCCAGAACAUUCAGUUGCCAAUCAUUAGGCAUCUAACCCUGGGGCACAGCUGUUUGAUAGAGCUGCAGGAGCUACAAGUGCUCUUCUCAAACCUUGUACUUAGUUUUUCUCCUACAGCCAUCCCCAGACCAUGGUCUUCCUUCCUAGAGGUGUUGGAUUUGUCUUACAACCUGAAGCUGAACCAGGCAGGUGUCAGAGCCUUGAAUGGCCUCCAGCUCCAUUCCCUGAGAUUGGAUGGCACCCCAUUGAAUGCAUUAGGUCUUUUAGGCUCAGGACUGCUCCAUCUGGACUUUCUGUCCCUUGUGGGUACAGGUAUGGAAAAACUGCGGGAAGUGUCAGGUUAUUUUGAGCUUCGAGCACUUGACCUUGGGAGAAAUCGAAUCCAAAACAUAGAGGAUGGAGAUCUCAAGCUGCUUUCCUUAGAACAUCUCAGCCUUUACAGCAAUGGCCUGAAAUUGCUUCCCAUAAAGUUUCUAAAUGCCUUGCCCCAGCUUCAAAGUCUCAACCUUUCCAUGAAUAAGCUGGGUCCAGCCUUGGUGCUCCCAGAUGGGCUGGUUAGCACAAACUUGAGAGUGCUAGAUCUGUCCAACAAUGAGUUAUGUGUUCUGCCCUAUGGAGCCUUCUCCUUUAUUCCUCAACUUGAGAAGCUGUGGCUGAGUGGCAACAACAUCUCCAACUUAUCCAGUGAGAGCCUGGAGGGACUAAAGCAGCUAAAGACACUAGACCUGAGCUGGAACAAAAUUAAGGUACUAAAACCAGACUGGCUCUCCUUUCUUCCUGCUCUCACCUCACUGAACCUGCUGGGCACCUAUUUAAGUCAUAUCCCAGGCAAGGAGCUCCAAGGUCCCCAGAGGCUGAGCCAUCUGCAGCUGGGUUCACUUCAGAUGCUGGACUUCUAUCCUCCCUGGCCUCUAGCUCUGCUCAGCUUAGAGAUAUGGGCAGAAACAGGUAUCUGGUUUAAUAACUUCAAUGAAGAUCCCUUCUUGUUCCUGGAGAAGCUGAUCUUACAAACUUCCAAAGUGGUACUGUCUCCAUACAACACCUCAGUUCAUUUUCCUUCCCUGCGUCAUCUCACUCUUCGAGGCGUAAGUUUCUUUGGCUUCUCAAGUCAACAGUCUCAGAGAUCCUUCCCUCAGUUUCCUGUCCUGGAGCACCUGCACUUCUGGUCUGAUUAUGGGAGUACAGAAAACCUGCAACUAUUUGGGAUGCCCAAGCUUCGAGAGCUCGGGCUCGGAGAUCUGAAUUUCCACUAUGAGUCAAGGUCAACAAAGCUGGAGCUGGUACUGAAGGAAGUGCCUCAGUUACAGGUACUGGCAUUGAGCCACCUGAAUCUUGGGAACCUCUCCAUGUCCAGUUUCAGGGACUUGGACCACCUGCAGCUACUGCUGUUCAACUCUGAAUGGACCCUGGGGUUAGACAGCAACCUUCAGGAGUUAAUCCCCCAGAUGCCUCAAUAUGUUUAUUUCUCAGAUGUCACCUUCACCUGCCAGUGUGAAAGCUUCUGGGUGGGGCCUUGGGCAACACAGGCCCCCAACACCUUUGUGUAUGGGCUGGAGAAAUCCAUCUGCAUGGCCAAUGCUUCUGACUACUCCAAGACUCCACUGCUCUCCUUCCUUUCUCAUCAGUGUGCACGUGAUCUUGAGUUUCAGGGCUUUCUUGCCAGCUUUACUCUGGUGCUCCUGUUCUCUAUCCUUGUACUGCUUGGCUGCCCCAAAUGGUCCUGGCUUCACCAUCUCCGGACUCUUUUUCAUGUGUGGUGGUGGAAACUAUGUGGGCGUGGCCCCAGAAGCCAAUUCCACUAUGAUGUCUUUAUAUCCUACUGUGAGCAGGACCAAGACUGGGUGCUGGAAGAACUGGUUCCUACACUGGAGAAGUCUCCUCCAGCAGGCAUAGGAAACGCAGAAGACAAUCUGCGAGUCGUGCAUGAGACGCAGAGCGGAAUGAGGUUUUGCACUAUGCAAGUUGUGAGCUAUGCUUGA